AUGGCAGAUAAUGAUGAAUCCGUUCCUGAUGGCUGGGCAAAUAGGAAUAAAGGAACUUCUAAUCGUGCAGUUGUUAUUCCAAUAGGAAAUUUUAGUGCAACUGACACAGUAAAAGAAUUGAUUGAACGACCAAAAAGAGAAUUACUCAAAGGGUUGACAGUGGAUCAAACAGCAACUAAUCGUGUAGCAAUUAUACCAGUUAUUCUGCAUGACUUUCCUGAAUCAAGUUCGACAUAUGCCGACUUGCAACAUUUUGCACAUUGUGAACCAACAUUUGGUUCAUUGGUGGUCAAGUCUAAUGUUGAUAAAUGGAUAAUAAAAAAUUUAUUAUAA